AUGUCAGAAUACAUCCUCCCAGCGCCGACAAACAACAUCGAGUCCGGCCGUCUCGACCACCAGCACGAAAUCUUCAUACGCACGCUCGGCAGUUUGAAUAAAGCUCCUCUAGAUACCUCCAAGCCGCUCAAAGUCCUCGACAUAGGCUGCGGGAAUGGCAACUGGACCAUGCUUUCGCGCUUGAACACCCGCAAGCUCACCUUUCAGCAGGCAAGUGCUGAGAGCGCCGAUUCGUGGGACUCUCUACAGGACCGGUUCGACUUCAUCCAUGGUCGUAUGAUCAUGGUGUUUGUACGAAGCUGGCCAAACUUGCUCAAGCGCUGCUAUGACAAGCUUACACCAGGAGGCUGGAUCGAGAUCCAAGACUUGCAGUUUCCUCUGCAGUGUCUCGGCGAGAGCGCAGUCACGGCCAAGUGCAGGACACUACAGUGGUCUGAUGGGCUGGUCAAAGGUAUGCAGAUGGCCGGCGUCUCCCCUGCUGGAGCGAUGCAGUUUGCCUAUAUCCUCCCACGCUUGGGCUUUGUAGAUGUGAGCCUGGAAGACCGUCAGAUGUUGUUUGGGGAGUGGCCCGAGAGCGAGGAGGACAAGGAGCUGGCAGAAUGGGGCUGGAGAACCUCAGACUGGGCUCGAGAGGGUGGUCGCGGAUGCUGUUCACGAAGAUUCUAG